UUUCUUAUUGUUACCCAAUCGAAAUUCAGUUUGCAUGACAACGUGAACUAUCUUGCUCGUAAACAUCUCUGUGCAUGUUUUUCGUUUUAUUUUGACAACCUGACUUCAUUUGACCAGUAUUUCAUAGGAUAUUUGAAGUGAAACUAUCGAAUAAGGUAUAUAACUAACAAAUACGGAAAAUGAAUCCAGCUGGUAUGCAGAAUGCCUUGGAGGGACAACUCCUCAAGGCGACACAGGUUGUGGAACAGCAGCUUGAUGCUGAAAUUGAAAGACUUGAUAAAUUUGAUGAGGAUGACUUCGAAGUGUUGAGACAAAAACGUAUGGAUGCUUUGAAAAAAAGUCAGCAACAGAAACAAGAAUGGAUGAGUCAGGGACAUGGUAAAUACUCUGAAGUUGCGGAUGAGAAAGAGUUUUUUGACGCAUGUAAAAAAAGCAAAAAAGUUGUCUGCCAUUUCUAUAGAGACAGUACCUUCCGUUGUAAGAUUGUAGACAAACAUUUAGAAAUUUUAGCACCAAAACAUCUAGAAACCAAAUUCAUCAAAAUAGAUGCAGAAAAAUGUAAAUUUUUAGUUGAUAGAUUGAGAAUUGUAGUUCUGCCAACAAUUUGUAUGGCAAUUGAGGGUAAGACACAGGAUUACAUCGUUGGGUUUGAUGAUCUUGGUGGAAAAGACGAAUUCCCCACAGAGAUGUUGGAAUGGCGCUUGGGUCGUGCUAAUGUCAUUAAUUAUUCGGGGGAUCUGGUGACUCCGCCCAAAAUUGCUUCAGAGAAAAGAGAUACAAGUGUUUUUGGUUUUGUUAAAACAAACAAAACAGUCAAAGAUACCCAGUUUGAUGACAGUAGUGAUGAAGAUGAUUGGUGAAAAUAGAAAAGAAGUUGUAUAUUAUACAAUUGAUACUUAGAAUGUAACAACAAUAUAAUAUUUAUUGACAAAGUAAUGAUGUAAGAAGGAAAUAUUGUUACCAAUGAUUUGGUUUCAUGGACAAUGUAAAUGGAAGCAAGCUUCGAGUUCAUUCAGUGUAGCUGCCUAUAACCUGAGUUAACAAGUUUAUGACCUAUUUCAAUAUAAAAUUCAGAACUAUGACCUUUGCUUAAGAUUUUAAUUAAAACCUGCGGAGAUGUGUUUUAUAUUUAUUUGAAUAUCAGUAAAAUUACUAAAUGACAGUUAAAUUGUGAAAUCAUUUUUAAUUGCAGGAUAUUGUAUUUCAUUUCGCUCAUUUUUUCAGUAAUUCUUUAAUACUUAUUUUAUAUCAUAAGUUAUUCAUAUUAAGAAUGUGUUCAAGAAUAAAUGAAUUUCUGUGA